AAACUUAAAAUACAGUUUAUCUCAUUAAACCUGUUACAGUCGGAUUUAUAUCGUUAUUUUGGUUGUUAGAACUGAAGAUGAACAUCAAGCGUCACCUAUUAUUUCGUAACACAAAGCAUUCUAAUCACAGAGGACAGAACUUCGCUGUUGUUUUGCAAAUUCAACUGUGACCAUUAAAGUUACCGGGAAUAAGAGCAGAGGAAGGCACGAUGGGAUGCGCUUCUAGCACUCAGACCACAGCUCAAGACACAACACGACUCGACACCAAACAAGAUGGAAACACAUCAGGAACAAAUAAUGAAAACGGUGGUCCUGCAGCAGACAGCGAGACAGUUCCAGACCAGACCCAGGCCGAGGAAUCUCCUCAGACAUCCAGUGCAGCUCCUGUCGCCUCGGACGAAAUACAGAGCUCUGCGGCUGCUGUAGCUCACAGUGAACCGGAAGCAGCUGCAUCUGACCAGCCUGCCGAACCCGAAUCAAACCCCUCCACGACAGCUGACAAUACUGAAGAACCAGCACCAAGUGAAAACACAACUGAGGCCCAGGCUGAAUCUUCCCCACCAGAGGAAGCACCUGCCUCUGGUGGAGAGGGUUAAGUGUGCAUCAUUUAGCACAGUUACUACAGAAUCCAGAGUCAACCACCUAUUUUCAAUAAAAUCCAGAUUCAAAUGAAUGGUUUAAAAAUCCAGUGGGACAUUAGUUUAUUUAUUAUAGAGAUAUUGCUUAUUUGUUGCCAACAUAUAGACCAGCUGGUCUUCAGAGACUCCGUGCCUGUCUUCGUAUACACAGAAUACAAACAUCCCACUCGAGUUCUGGUUUAGUGAAUUAUAAUUGCUAGAACAUAAAGCAACAAAAUUGCUAUUUCCUUCAUCGAGAUUUAAUAUUGGUGCCUAUUUAAGUGGCUUUACCCCUUUAUGAAAAAUGCAAAAAGCCAAAGAGGAUAAUAAAAUUGUGGAAUGCUAUUUAUAUAAUUAUGUAAUAUUUUAACCAAUGGAAAUAAAAUGUUAUAUACAUUUAAAAUGACAAAGGACUUACUAUUUGAAAAACAGGCUUUUUUUUUAGGUUUAAGUUAAUGUAUGCUAAUGUUUUCCUGCAACAAGCACAACAGAUUGAACUCACCAAAUGGAAGAAAUGUUGUUUUUGUGGUGUGGUUUGAUUUAAUGUGAUGAUGACAAGUUUAAAAAUAAAGUUGAAUUGAACUGG